GCUGUGGCACCCGCUGCGACACGGCGGAGUCGCAGCGCAUCCCGAGCGGCGGGUCGGCCCUGUGGCGGAGGGUCAAGACGGGCACGGGGCGGCUCCGCACGCGGAGCAUACCGUUCCGCGUGGCCCUGCUCUGCCCGAUCAUCUCGAUGAUGCUCGCGUGCCUGGGCACCUUCGUGCCCCUCGUUGGCUUCACCAAAGUCACGCAGCAGGACAUCUUCACGGCCUACGAGCACUCCCUCGCUGACCAGGGCAUGCUGAUCUACGAUACCUCCCAGCAGGCCACGCAGUGGCUCUUCACGCAGGUGCUGCUGAACACGGACAAGGAGGUGUUCGUGGGCUUGAUCGAGCCGGCGGACAGAGCGGUGGACACGCUGUGGGGCGCGAUGACGGCGCGGCGCUCCAAGACGCAGUACUUCGAGGGGACGGCCGGCGGCUACUUCAACACCCCCACGGAGAGCGGGGGCGGCGAGGCCCGCCGCGAGAUCAUGCAGAGGGCCUGGCAGGACCGGUCCGGGAGGACCUCGAGCUUCCAUCGGGAGCGGAAAAGAGCGGGUGAUGACUAGGGGGGGGGGUGGAUUUCAUGGCGC